UCUGAAGUGGGUCAACUUCUGCGACAACUCAACUCUGCGUUCGGGAUAGAACUUAACAUCUUUAUUAACAUGGAGAGUACCAAUGAAGAAGCAAUGGAGUUACAGCUAGAUACGCCAAAGAUGCAAAUUCAGCUAUCGGAUAACAGUAUACCUGAUUUUAAACUUCUUGGAAGAUUUACCGAAAAAACUUUAACCAUAGUUUACAUACAGACCUAUCCACUCGACCCUCGGCUCAUGAACUUUUUACCACGCCUUUUGUGGGAGCUACAUGAACUUCACAUCGUUUUCAUAACUAAGGAAGAGUCCAGCAACUGGCAGAAUGAUCUCUACAGCUACUGCUUUCGAAACGGUUUCAUCAAUGUGCUUCUCAUUCAGAACCUACGACCCGAAAUUCUGUUAUAUAGCUACAAUCCAUAUCCAACAAUUCGCACUUUGCGAUUGCCGCUGCUUGAGGAUUACCUCAAUAGGUGGCGCCAUCUACUGAAUUUUCAACAGUACCCGGUUAGGACUCUUCUAUUCACGGUUGAGCCACGCAUUUUUCAAUAUGUAAAUCGAAGAGGAGAGCUGGUGUAUAGUGGCUACUUGUACAAUGCGCUUAAGGAGUUUACGCUUCGCCACAAUUCUUCGAUACAAAUAGUGAAGGAAGUUACCAAUGAUGAUUUGUACGAUACUGCUGUUACUCUACUUGUAAACCGUAGCCUUGAUAUUAUUUGUCAUGUCAGAGACCCCCAGUUGAAUGUUUUAUCCACUAAACCUCUCCAUCUCGUUGCAUUACGUUUAGCGGUGCCCCAUGCUAAGCCAAUUGCGAGCUAUUUGUACUUUGUGCGCCCUUUCACAUGGACUCUGUGGCUCACAGUGAUUGGAGCCAUUGGGUAUGGAAUGCUGAUGCUUUAUGGUAGUAGCAGAAAUGGACGCUCCGAAAUCGGCAAAUAUUUUCUUAGCAGUUGGUGCAAUUUUCUGUUUAUCUCACAGCCGAGGAUCAUCUUUGCCAACUGGCAACAGGUUGUCAUCCAUUUUAUAAUGCUCUUAAGUGGAUUCAUACUCACGAAUUUUUAUGUCGCAUUGCUUUCAAGUAUGCUAACAUCGGGUUUGUUUGAGGAAGAUUACAAAACAUUCCAGGAUUUGGAACGUUCUACAUAUCUAUUGCCAGUUGAUAGCUACUAUGCCUCGCAGUAUUCUUUCUUGCCAGAAGUCCUCAAAAGCCGCAUUCGAAUAGUUGAACCGCAUGUUUUGGAUAAUGCGCGCCGAUCUCUGAACGCAAGUCACUUGGUUACGGGAUAUGAAGAUCGCAUAGAGGGUGUUUUAUUUCAACAACACCUUCUGAAGGUUCCUCGCAUCAAGUUGAUGCCUCAGAGUAUUUUAGAUGGCCUCAUGUCACUCCCAGUGGAUAUCGGAUUGCCGUACUUAAAUAUGAUGAAUGCUUAUUUAAGGCGCAUAUUUGAGUGCGGCAUUUUGACAAAGAUGAAGAGUGAUGCAUGGCUCGACACAAUCGAGGGUGGCAUUAUGAAAUUUAUUACGAGUGACGGGACUAAGCGGAAGCCAUUCGAUUUGGAAUUUUAUUACUACGCUUUUGCAAUGUGGGGCACGGGAUUGCUACUGGCAUCGCUCUGCUUCCUCCUAGAGUUGCUUAGGCAUUUCUCUACGUGCAGCUAUAGCUGA